AUGUAUGAACGAGCACUGAAAGGACUCGAGAAGGUUUUAGGCGUGACCUCAAUUUCGACCUAUAUCCCUGCCUUGAACACGCUUGGGGAAUUUGGCCUUCUAUGGGAGAGGCAGGGGAAUGCUGUAAACGCUCUACUGUAUUACCGGCGGGCGGUGGAUAGCGCUGAGACCGUAUUUGGGCGGCAAAGCCAAUGGUAUGCAAGGCUGUCCAGCCAUAUUGGUUCUUUACAGUGUGAUAUUGUCGACCAGGACUGGGAACAGCUGGUUCACCAGCCAAACUCGACCGAUGGUGAAUACGAUGCUAAGGAUAAAUAUGUGGCGUUUAGGAUCCUUAAAACCUUGAUACCUGACUUGGUCAACACGAAGUAUGACUAUGGCAAAUUUAAAUUGAUUUGCGAUGAUCUUGGCUUGGCAAAUCUAAUUGUUCGUGGCAAAGAAGAUCUUACUGUUGUUGGGGUAGUAGACCUUGAGUGGUCAUAUGUUGGACCCGCCCAGCUAUUUGGCUCAGCACCGUGGUGGCUUCUCCAAGACAGACCUGUUAAUAGUGCAUGGGACUGCGAGGGUGAUGAGCUACCUAAGAUUGCCUCUCGGUACUUGAAGUACCUUGAUAUCUUUAUGCAUAUCUUGGAGGAGGAAGAGGCAAAAAUGCCAGGCUAUGAAGAGAGAGAGCUCUCUAGUCUUGUCAAGUGGUCGCAAGCCUCUGGGGCCAUGUGGUUGCACAUGCUCCUCUCAUCUGGCUUUAAUGACUAUUGCAGUUUUCCGUUUACAAAGCUCCGUCAACAUUUGGGAGCUGCCGAGUGGGCGAAGCGUGAGAAGGAAUAUGACCAGGCAGAAGAGCUUGAGGGAUUCGCAUCGCGGAAGGUCAAGGAGUUGGAGAAGUAUGAUGAAGCCUUGCAGAAGAUGGAGGAAAGCAAAGCGCUCAUAGAUAGCGGGAAGAUGACGAAGGAAGAAUUCAUUGCCAAAGCUCUAAUGGAACCAUGCUGUUCCCUAUCGUCUGCGGCGCACGAUGAAAUGACGAAUGACAAGGGGUUGCUCCGUACGGUAGCUACUUGGCUUAUCUCGCAGGCUACAAAGUUGAGGGUGGCCGCAAGGAUAGGAUGAGCAGGUUGUAUUAGCAGAAAGACCAAAUGUUGUGUUUUUACAUUUAAAGCAACAGCCA